AUAAUAAUCUCUGUGUUGUUUUUGUGUGUCUUUGAUGAUGACGAAUUCGAAUUCUUACUACUCACUUUCGAGUUUCUUGUAUUUUCACGCAUUGGUGUUUGUUUAUUUGACACAUUAUCUCCUGACAGACUCCUGUUACUUGGCUUAUAUCAAGAACAAAUAGGUCAUGGGCAUGAGCUUUGACUUCUUCUUCUAUCACAUAAUUUGUAAAUAAUUUACUCAAUCUCAUCUGAAUUCACUUCGCUCUCCAAAUCGUAUUAAUUCAAUGUCAUGCAAUUGCCUAAAGAAUUCAGCCGAUCAACAAAGUAUUACUAGCCAAUCCAAAGCUUUAUUUAUGUCAAUCACAUGCAACCCGGGGGUUCUUCUAAUGAUUGCAGGCUCGGGUCAAAUUACAUUCAGAGGCAUUAGCCUAACUAUUAUUGGUAUUGUACACUGGAAAUUGAAUUUUAUUUUUCUUCUGAUUGGAAGUUCUUAAUUGCCUGUUUAGUAUUUAAUUCUCCAACAAGUAAUUAUUUUUGCAAUCAAUCAUUUCUAAAUAUUGAUUCAUUUCUUCUAAGGACUUAUCCGAAACAUUUUCAAUAGGUGAAAACUGUUGUAAAAGGAGAUCAGUACCCUCUUGAUCCCCUUGACCUGCCAUUUCUUGUGCAAUUAAAGCUUGUUGAAUACUAUCAUAAUCAUCAUCAUUAACGGUAAAAUUUCAGUUAUUGACAAUUGCUUCUACUUUUACUGAAUUCCAAGCUUGUGCAAUAUAUUCCAUAGCUUUUUAAAUCCACAUUUGUUUCAAACUGAUGAAUAAUAUGUCGUAUGUAAUGUUGUUACGUUUAAUUAUUUGAUUUUCAUGUUCAUCAG